CCUUUAAACCGGGGAAUAAACACGGAGCGGCCGCAGGAGCAGGACUGAACUCCCCCGGCGCGCACCAUCCAUGGUCCUCCCCUGGAUGUCUGUCUGACAGGAGGGUUGGCGCUAUUUUGCUGAAGCGACAGAGGAAGGCCUUGAGUCGGGGUGAAGAAAGCAGGCAAGGAGUCUUCCCGCUCAGCAGGGGGCAGCAGCAGACAUGCAGGACUCAGCCUCUGACAGUAAAGUAGCUAAACAGGACCAGAAUUCCAAGCAUAUGGAUGGACACAGAGAAACUGAUGACAUGUCUGAAAAGACGUCUCCCAACAAGAACCUCAAAUCUCCCCAGAAAGGCUCCAAACGGCUUAAAACUGCCCCCUUUAAAGUGACCCUGCUGGAUUCCUCUGAGUUCGAAGGAGAAAUCGAGAAACACUCUAAAGGACAGACUCUGAUGGACAUGGUGUGUGAACACCUUAACUUGCUGGAGAAAGACUACUUUGGCCUGACCUUUGCCGACACAGACAGCCAGAAGAAUUGGUUGGACCCCUCUAAGGAGAUCAAGAAGCAGAUGCGCAACUCUCCAUGGCACUUUGCCUUCGCUGUCAAGUUCUACCCUCCUGACCCGACCCAGCUCAUGGAGGAUAUUACCAGAUACUACCUGUGUCUGCAGCUGAGGGAUGACAUGCUGUCAGGUCGGCUGCCGUGCUCGUUCGUCACUCACGCCCUGCUGGGCUCCUACACCGUGCAAGCCGAGCUGGGAGACUAUGACCAAGAUGACCACGGCUCUGACUACGUCAGCGAUUUCCGCUUUGCUCCCAAUCAGACACGUGAGCUGGAGGAGAGGGUGAUGGAACUCCAUCGAAACUACAAGGGGAUGACUCCAGCAGAGGCUGAAAUGAACUUCUUGGAAAAUGCGAAGAAAUUGUCCAUGUAUGGAGUAGACCUCCAUCAUGCUAAGGAUUCUGAAGGGAUUGAAAUAAUGCUGGGUGUCUGUGCCAAUGGUCUGCUGAUUUACCGUGAUAGGCUGAGGAUCAACCGCUUUGCCUGGCCAAAGAUCCUUAAGAUUUCAUAUAAGAGGAGCAACUUCUACAUCAAGAUAAGACCUGGAGAGUAUGAGCAGUUUGAAAGUACAAUCGGUUUUAAGCUUCCCAACCACAGAGCUGCCAAGAGGCUGUGGAAGGUCUGCAUCGAGCAUCACACCUUCUUCCGGCUGGUAUCCCCUGAGCCUCCCCCUAAAGGGUUCUUGGUGAUGGGCUCAAAGUUUCGAUACAGUGGAAGGACACAGGCUCAAACCAGGCAGGCCAGUGCUCUCAUAGUUCGGCCUGCUCCUCACUUUGAGCGGUCAACUAGUAAGAGGUACCUGCUGUCCCGGAGCUUGGACGGAGAGUUCUCACGGCCGGUAUCAGCCAUGUGUGAGAACCACGACGGCCUGUCCCACCGCAGCAUCAGUGAGCAGCGACGUCUCCACAGCCCCUCUGGGGACGAGCAGGAGACGGAGCUGGAGCCCAGUUUGGAGCAGGACGAGGAGGAGAAGGAGCAUGAGCAUGGCCAGGAGAUGGAGCAGGACAAAGACCAGGACGGCAGCGUCACUCCGAGCAGGAAGAAAGAGAUCAUGGAGGAGGCUGGGUCACCAGUUGACAGUAAACAGGAGCUCUCUCAGUUGGACCAGGAGGCUACUCCUCGGCACAAACAGGAGUUUCUCGAUAAGUCGAAGGAUGUCUUGCUGAAGCACCAGGCCAGCAUCAACGAGUUAAAGAGAGCCUUGAGGGAGCCCAACAGCAAGCUGAUGAAUCGUGAGAAGCGCCUGUCAGCGACCUCCCCGACUGGCACACCAGAGAAGAAGGCUCCUCCUGUGGCAAAGAAAGACCCCAGCGCUGUGAGUGUCGCCCACAAGCUGAAAAGAGUCGACACCAAGACGGAGACGCACACAAAUGGAUCAGAAGUCCACCCCAAUAUCAUGAAUGUCUCUCCACAGAACUAUGGAGUCAUCAGCCCACAGGAGGCUCCUGCUGCUGUUAAAGAAAAUGGCUCCCCUGUAAAAGCCAGCACCCAGGGGAGAGAGUCUGUCGUGUCCCCACUGACCAUCACUGCUGAGAGUGUCACCUCAGCAACCACGACACAAGUUACCAAGACUGUGAAAGGAGGCUACUCAGAGACCAGGAUCGAGAAAAGGAUUAUAAUCACAGGAGAUGACGAUGUGGACCAACAUCAGGCGCUUGCCAUGGCAAUCCAAGAGGCAAAGCAGCAGCAUCCUGACAUGCUGGUGACAAAAGCAGUGGUUAUCAGGGAAACAGAGUCGCCCACUGAGGAGCUGCAGCAGAAAGCAGAGUCCUGAUUGAACAUGGUGGCUCCUGAGACGGGGGACAGGAGAGGACCCUCCAGCUGUGUGUCUCCUGCCCCGCCCUGCAAUAUGCCACCAACCCGCAAAGAGGACUCUCUUCCCCACUGUGUACACACCGACACAAGAACAGACUGCGCUCCAUGAAGCAGUAGACCUCCGCUCCUUUUUUCCCUUUAGACAUACCAACUGUGACUCGGCCUCUAAUCCGACCCG